UGAAAAUAACCAAAAAUAGAUUUUCUGGUUGAUGCACAUAGACUUGACCCGACCCGACCCGACCCGACCCGACCCGGAAAAGUUUAUUUUUAACCUCUAUCCGGGUCAAGUCUUUUUGACCGGGUUUCAGACCCAUAUAUGUUUAAUUUGCCAAUAUAAUUUUCUAUAUGCAGAUCUGAUAAUAAUCAAAGAUUGUUUUUUUUUUGUUUGUUUUUACAAUUUUUUUGCAGGUUUCAAGAAGCAAAAAAGGGAGACAUAUAUACUAAAUUGUAAGUAAUUUUACAUUAUUAACAUCAUGUUAAACUUAUUUACAAGUAUAAAACAAUGAAACUUAAUAGGUCAAUUAGUCGACUAUCUAAACUUUUAUGUUAUUGUUGCGAUUCAUUUUCCACCUUGUACCCUUCCCGACCCCUCCCCCUCCAAAAAAAAAAUAAAAAAAUCUUAGUAGCUCAGUUAGCGGAUCCCCCAAAAAUACAAGAAUCUUAGUAGCUCAAUUGGUCGAUUUCACAAAAAAAAUAAAUAAGAAUUUUAGUAGCUCAGUUGGUCGGUCUCCAAAUCAAGAAUCUUAGUAGCUCGAUUGGUCUCCAAAAAAACAAGAAUCUUAGUAGCUCUGUUGGUCGAUCUCCAAAAAAAAAAAAGAAUUUUAGUAACUCAGUUGGUCGACUAAACUUUUAUCUUGGUGUUGCGUGUUCAAUUCUCCACCUUGUAGUCACCUUCCCGACCCUCCACUCCCACUCCCACCCCCACCCUCUGAAAAAACAAGAAUCUUAGUAGUUCAGUUGGUCGAUCACUAGCUUAGUUGGUUGGUCCUAAAAGAACAAGAAUCAUAGUAGCUCAGUUGAUCGGUCCUCCAAAAAAACAAGAAUCUUAAUAGCUCAAUUGGUCGGUCUCCCAAAAAAAACAAGAAUCUUAGUAGCUUAGUUGGUCGGUCCCCAAAUCAAGAAUCUUAGUAGCUCAAUUGGUCGGUCCCCCCCCCCUCCCCCCACCAAAAAAAAAAAGAAUCCUAGUGGCUCAGUUGGUCGGUCCCUAAUAAGAAUUUUAGUAGCUUAAUUGGCCGGUCCCUCAACAAGAAUCUUUGUAGCUUAGUUGGUCAAUCCCUCAACAAGAAUCCUAGUAGCUCAGUUGGCCGGUCCCCAAAAAAAUAAGAAUCUUAGUAGCUUAGUUGGUCGGUCCCUCAACAAGAAUCCUAGUAGCUCAGUUGGCCGGUCUCCAAAAAAAACAAGAAUCUCAGUUGGUUGGUCCCUCAACAAGAAUCUUAGUAGCUCAGCUGGUCGGUCGAUUUAGUUGCAAUUUGUAGUUUUUUUCUUCUACAAAGAAAGGCAUUGCAUACUCCGGAUAAUACCUCUUAGACAAGCAAAAACCAAGAAUCUUAGUAGCUCUAUUGGUGAACUAUCUAAAGUUUCACAUUGUUAUUGAGAGGUUCGAUUCCCAAUUUUGAAGAAAAAAAAAAAGGGCAGCCCAGUGCACUAAAGCUACCGCUAUGCGCGGUGUCCGGGGAAGGGCUCCACCACAAGGGUGUAUCGUACGCAGCCUUACCUUGCAUUUCUGCCAGAGGCUGUUUCCAAGGCUUGAACCCGUGACCUUCUGGUCACAUGGCAACAACUUUACCAGGGCUAUACGGACUUGAGCGUCUAGAACAACGGAAUCAGGAGGAGCAGAGUGAACAAAAUCCGCUUUGGGGUGAAUUCCCUUCUCUGAGCUUUCUUGCUGUGUGAUUUGAUCUAUCGCUCUUUUACUUUGCACGGUCUGGAUAGGCGUGCAUCAUCAUAGCACGAGGGGCAAGAGAAAGGAAUGGAAACGGAUACUCAAUUUAAAGUGAGUAUGCUAUUAUGACUUGUUUUCGGGUUCAGUAAGACUUUUAUAGGCAGUUUAGAGUUGGUUGGCUGAUUGCCAUUCUCUCAUAGUAGCAUUUAGUUAUGAAACUAGUCUAAUUAGCGUGCUACGAUGAACUUUCUGCUUUCGUCUUAGUGCCUUUGGUCCUUUCUUUCUAUGAUUUGGGCAAAAAACUACAUGUUUGGCGAUGCUGGCGUCUAAAGUUAGUAUCUUGUUGGGUAAGCGUCUGUCCAUUAACCAAACAAAGCAAACCCAUGCUGCAAUACUUGUUAAUGGUCUUUAUGAUCUUGAGUCGUCGCUAGUUCGGCAGAUAAUCGACUCUACAAGCAGUCACUCUUAUAAUACCUCACACUAUAUUAAACUAAUCCUCAAUCAUGUGCGAAAUAUAGAUGUCUUCUCGGUGGCUUCCACUAUCCGUUUCUUUUCCAGGAAUUGUCAGUUCAGGGAGGCUGUUAAUUUAUACGGAGAAUUGCAGAGGUGUGGACUUAGUCCCAGCACUUUUGCUGUAUCGUCUGCUUUAAAGGCUUGUGCAAGGAUUCCGUACAGGUCUGGUGGGAUAUUGAUUCACGCACAAGUUUACAAGUAUGGCUUCUGUAAUGCUGUCCAUGUGCAGACAGCUCUAGUAGAUUUCUACUCAAAAGUAGGUAAUAUGGAUUUUGCCCAAAGCGUCUUCGAUGAGAUGGUUGAGAAAAAUAUAGUAUCGUGGAAUUCAGUACUCGGUGGAUAUGUAAAAUCUGGUGACUUAAAAAUGGCACAAAGUGUUUUUGAUGAGAUGCCGGAGAAAGAUGUUAUUUCGUGGAACUCUAUGGUUUCUGGGUAUGCGAGGAUGGGGAAUAUAGAGCGGGCAUGUGCGUUGUUUAGACAGAUGCCAGAGAGAAGUACUGCCUCGUGGAAUGCAAUGAUCAGCGGAUAUAUAGACUGUGGGAAGAUAGAGUUAGCACGCAGUUUCUUUGAGGCAAUGGACCAAAAGAAUACUGUUUCAUAUAUCGUAUUGAUUUCUGGAUACUCGAAAUGUGGAGAUGUUGAAUCAGCCGAGGAACUCUUUGGGCAAUUGCGUAGGAAAGAUCGACUAGUAUACAAUGCCAUGAUAGCUUGUUAUGCUCAAAACAGCCGGGCGAAAGAAGCUCUGCGGCUGUUCAAUGAAAUGCUUCGAUUAGAUUUGCGACCUGAUGGAAUGACCUUGGCAAGUGCUAUAUCUGCUUGUUCUCAGCUAGGAGAUCUAAAGUUUGGUUCUUGGAUCGAGUCAUUCAUUCGUGGAACUGGAAUUCAAAUGGAUGACUACUUGGCCACCAGUUUGAUCGACCUUUAUGCAAAAUGUGGAAGUAUUGAUAAAGCUUACAAUCUAUUCCACGGCUUGAUAAAGAAAGAUUUGGUAGUGUAUACUGCCAUGAUACUGGGAUGUGGAAUAAACGGUAGGGCUAAUGAUGCCAUCGAGUUGUUUGACGAGAUGAUGAAUGCUGAAAUCAACCCAAACAUAGUCACAAUUACAGGGAUAUUGACUGCCUACAGUCACAUCGGAAUGGUAGAAGAAGCAUACCGUUGCUUUAUUUCUUUACAGAAGUAUGGUCUUUCUCCCUCAGUUGACCAUUACGCUAUAGUAGUUGACGUUUUAAGUAGGGCAGGGCGGUUAGAAGAAGCACACGGGUUGAUUAAAGGCAUGUCAAAUCAGCCUCAUGCUGGUGUAUGGGGAGCAUUGCUUCUUGGUUGCAGUUUGCAUAACAAUUUAGAGCUCGGUGAGAUUGCAGCCGCACAUUGUAUUGAGUUGGAACCCGACAGUUCUGGCUAUCGUUCUCUUCUCGCAAAUAUUUACGCUUCUUCGGGAAGGUGGGAUGAUGCCGAGAGGCUGAGAAAAGGUGUUGAAGAAACGGGAUACAACAAAUUGCCCGGUUGCAGUUGGAUAGAAGAAGCAAAAGCUUAGGAGGUCUUCUUUGCAAUAACGUGAUUCCAACUGCUUUACUUCAUCGUACAUGAGCUCUGUCAACGUCAUUCCCGAUAAGGAAGUAAUGCCAGCUUCAUAAUAUUUCGUUGUUGAUGACUGGUUACGAUGACCUCCCUUCCACCAUUUGCUUCAAUAGGAAAUUACUUGAUGACGAUGACCCUUAAUUGGAGGAAAUAUGGAAUAGUCCAUAUUCAAAUGAUAGCUUGACAUUGAUGCAUCUCCGUCCACUGCCAUGCUCUCUGAAGUAGCUCAACUUCUGAAGAUUACAAUAGUGGGAGGAUCUAUACCUGAACGCAGUGGGGACAAGUUGUAUAAUAUUUGCCGUGUCUUUGAUACUGAUGGAAAGCCGAAAGCUAAGCACAAAAAGUUCUCUGAGUUGCUUAGUUGUUCCAUCAUGGCUGACAAAAGCUUCUUCAUAAUGUCAUUUUACACUAAGAGUGCUGCCAAUGGCCCGAACUGAACAGAUGAUUGAUCGCUUACCUCGCCGAAUGCAAUUGUAAUGAUAAUGCUUAUAUUUAUAGUGUUUAAGCAAUUUAUCGCUUUUUUAAAUAUAUUAAAUAUCCUUAUUUGUUAGUUACUUUGGCUAAGGUUAUACAUAAGCUUGAGGCCGUUGUCUUAGCUUGAAUUCUAAACCCAGAGACUUAAAGUUUUGGCUCCGCCUCUGGCGUAUAUAGUGCAGGAUCUGUUCAUCCUUUCAA